AUGGAUGAUUCGAAUAAUUUUGCCUACCACGACAGCUCGUGCGAGCCACGAGACGGGGCAGAUGCAGCGAUCAGCGACCCGAAUCGCUCAGAGGGUAUCCUCGCCGGCAUGAAAAAACAGUCUAGCUCAACGCCUAGUGGAAGUUCGAUCUCGAAUACCCAACAAGACUUGACCACUAUCGCAAGCGAAAAGCUCAAUCUGAACGGGAUGAAGGAGCUUAUCUUCGAUGACGUUGUGCCGGUGGCCGGCGGGGCGCUGCAGUCUGCGCAGGAGUGUAUAUAUACCCUUGCAGGCAAGGCUGCUGGAGUAGGUGAACGUCAAGCACGACAGGGACUGCAGUCGCCGGACCCUGACCACGAAUUAAUCGACCAGAUGGACGACGAGCGGAUUUGCGACUUUUUGCGAGAGAAGCACAGCAGCACUGUGCAGCCACCCUCGACAAAGUGA